AUGUGGGUAGUCAAUGCCGGAAGGCCUCUGACGCUUCGCGAACUGGCUUUAGCGGUCUCCAUUGAACCAGACUCGAGAAGCCAUAAGGUGCUGGAGGCGUAUGGGCAACAGGUAGUUCUCGACACCUGUGGCAAUCUGCUGGUGGAAAACGAUGGGAUUGUGCGACCAGUUCAUUAUACGGUCCAAGAGUUUCUGACCGCCGGCUGCGAGAUGAAUCAAACGGUUCUCAGUACAGGGAACCCAAUCCUUCGCCAGUACCAAAGUAAUAUUCAUCUGCAUUCUAAGCUUGCUGAGAUAUGCCUUCAGUACUUGUGCUUUGAAGAGAUAGAAUCGUGCAAGAGGAUAAAACCCGCCAAGAGGUACGAUCCAGAGUAUCCCUUUGGAUUGUAUGCAGCAACAUAUUGGGAUUAUCACGUCCAAAGGCUUCCGGACUCUUCUUUACCAGGCGACCUGGCCCGAAGUAUUGACAAGUUCCUCGAUUCCAAGGGAAUUACUCUUACGAUCGCUUACCACAUGCGUGAAAGCGUAUACAGAGGCCAAGCGGUACUUAUCAAUCCAUUGAAUUACUGUCUAGCCUUCAACAUGCUCCACCUGUACCAGCUGUCACAUCGCUUGGAUGCAUCAGUUGUUGGGGAGGAACACAAAGAGGCACUACAUCACGCUGCCGCAAGCGGAUCCACAGCUGCGAUUGAGAUCCUUCUCGGGAUGGGAUUUUCUGUCCAUACGCGUGACACUCAGGACGAAUACCCACUCCACUACGCCGCUCGGUCUGGGCGCAGGGCAGCCGUUGAGCUAUUGCUGGACAGAGGUGCGGACAUCGAUGCAGUGAACGACGUACACAUGACUGCGCUAGAGACUGUGGCCUGGGAAGGUGAUGAGGUCUUGAUGCGGGUUCUCUUGGAGAGAGGCGCCGCUAUCAACCUCCCAGACGGGAGCAAUCGGGGAUUCGUCCUGGUCGCCGCGGCCAAGGCAGGGGUUCCGUGCGUAGUGCGGAUGCUCUUGGACAGAGGCGCGAAUGUCAACUUCACCGGAACCCAGAUGCUCUUGGACAGUGGCGCCGAUAUCAACUUCGUGGGUGGGGUGCACGACUCUGCCCUAGCCGCCGCGGCCGGGAGGGGGCAUCAGAGCAUAGUGCGGGUGCUGUUGGACGCCGGCGCGGAUGUCAAUCUCACGGUGCAGAUGCUCUUGGACAGCGGCGCCAAUGUCAAUCUCACGGGAGGUAACUGGGGCUCCGCCCUGGCCGCGGCCACCGAGAGAGGAAGCCAAAACAUAGUGCGGAUUCUCCUGGACAGCGGCGCUGAUGUCAACAUCACGGACGAAAACCUUGAAAGUGCCCUUGAAGUAGCAGCCAGGCACGGGUACAGAGCCAUAGUGCAGCUGCUUUUGGACAGACGCGCUAUUCCAGCCGGUACAGAAUGA